AUGAAGCCCCGGCCCUGUGGCUGUAAGGGUUGUAGAACUUGCUUAAUUUGUGAAACUCGCUAUGGUGCGGAUACUUUAAAAACGUCUAUAGAGCUAGACAAGAGCAAAGGUUAUGUAUAUUGCCCGCUGUGUAAUCUUGCUUGGCCGGGAUGGAAUGCAAAUCUUUACAAGGAGCACCCGAAUCAUCAGGGCCAAGCACUUUCCUAUCCGGGCUUAUGUAUAAAACUAGAUUUUAUAACACCAGAUGAGGAAAUCGAGCUGAUGAAAAACAUAGACGAAAUGCCAUGGGAUAUAUCGCAAAGCGGUCGGCGUAAACAGAAUUUUGGCCCAAAAACUAAUUUUAAAAAGAGAAAGAUUGUCCCUGGUAAGUUCAAUGGCUUUCCUCAGUUCACAAAAUACCUUCAAGAUAGAUUCAAUACAAUAGACAUUUUGAAAGGAUAUGAAGUGAUAGAACAGUGUUCACUGGAAUAUGAUCCUGAGAAAGGGGCAUCUAUAGAUCCACAUAUUGAUGACUGCUGGAUUUGGGGUGAACGGAUUGUUACUCUUAAUUGUUUGACAGACACUGUCCUGACCCUUUUACCAUUUAACGGAGAUAAAAAGAAAUAUAAUUUACCAUGUGCGAAUGAAUAUCCACCAGUAGUAAAUGAAGAUGGUACUUUAAAUUUAGACUUCAAGAAUGAUAGUCAAAGCAUGUUAGAAUCAUGUAAACCAGUGAAUAAGUUGGAUAUGAUAUUAAGAGUACCCAUGAUAAGACAUUCAUUAGCAAUAAUGUAUGGAGAACCCAGGUACCAUUGGGAACAUUGUAUAUUUCGUGAAGAUAUUGAAUCCCGUAGAGUGUGCAUAGCAUACAGAGAAUUCACACCUCCAUACAUGAAUAAUGGGAACUUCCAUGUUAUUGGAGAUGAAGUGAGACAGCGAGCUAAACAAUUUUGGGAUCAUACCGAAGUUGUAAAUAGUGUAUAA